ACAGGAAUAGAAUAGAUGUUCCGAAAAAAUAAAUAAAAUGAAGGAAGAAGAAGAAAAAUUUGGCGUUGUGUUUAAGUGUGGUUGUGAUCUCGGGGAUCUUUUCUCAUAAGGAACGUCCUCUCUCUCUCUCUCUCUCACAAAGUUUUCUGUCUCGAUUGUCCCCGCUUCCCCUCUAGAGCACGAGAAAACAGAAACUACCCACCAAUUGUUUUGUCCUCUUCCGUGCAUGUGUCCGCUUCUCCGGCGAAUCGCCGAUCGGAAAGCCGAAUGGCAGAGACGGGAGGGAGCAGCACGGGCGCAACGAGCCCGAGGACGACGAGCGGGUCGGGGACGAGGCGGAGGCACUCCGACGGGUCGCUGCCCCCUGACGUCGACGAUCGCGACACCCUCAGCCGGUCGCAGGCCGCGCUUCGGCGAGCCCUUGGGAUGAGGGACGCCGGGAGGAAGGCCAUCGCCUUGCUCACGAUGCUGUUGGCGGUGUCGUUCUUCUUCAAAAUCUCGUCUUUCGACCUCGACCCCAGGCCGGCUACCGGUGCGAAGGAUCCCGAUGCACACGGACGAGUGGUGGUGCGGUCGCUCGUGAGAGGAAAAGCCGGAAAUGCUCAGAGGGCUCUAUCCGAGAGCAAGCGUACGUUGUCGAUGCGCGGGACGAGGAGCGAAGAGCUCACAGGGGUGCAGGAUAUCUGGGCAAAGCCAGACAGUGAAAAUUAUUAUCAAUGUAUUUCGAGACCCAAGAGUUCGAGAAGAACAGGAUCGAGCACAAACGGUUAUUUUAUGGUACAUGCAAAUGGUGGACUGAACCAAAUGAGAACAGGAAUCUGUGAUAUGGUUGCAAUUGCAAAAAUCAUGAAUGCAACACUCGUCCUCCCAUAUUUGGAUCAUGAAUCCUUCUGGACAGAUCAAAGUGAGUUCUCAGAUAUAUUUGAUGCGGAGCACUUCACCAAUGUCCUGAAGGAUGAUAUUGAGGUCGUCAAGGCUCUGCCUGCCGAGUAUCAGACUAUUGAACCAUAUUUGAAAGCACCAAUUUCUUGGUCCAUGGCUAGCUAUUACCAAGGUGAGAUUCUAUCUCUACUAAAGCAACACAAGGUGAUAAAAUUUACGCACACAGACUCUCGGUUGGCAAACAAUGGCCUUGCUAGUUGGAUCCAGAGGUUGAGAUGCCGAGCAAAUUACAGAGCGCUUAAAUUCAAUCCCAACAUAGAAGAGCUUGCGCAGAAACUGAUAUCCAGGUUAAGAAGUAAUGGAGAUCCCUACAUUGCUCUUCACUUAAGAUAUGAGAAAGACAUGCUAGCCUUUACUGGUUGCAGUCACAACCUGACAGCAGAAGAAGCAAAGGAGCUGGAAGAUAUGAGAUACAGUGUGAAGCAUUGGAAAGAGAAAGAGAUUAACGGUGAGGAGAGGCGGCUUCAAGGAGGAUGCCCUAUGGCCCCAAGAGAAACUGCUCUUUUUCUUAAGGCACUGGGCUAUCCUUCCUCAACCACCAUCUACAUUGUUGCAGGUGAAAUUUAUGGAAAGCAGAGCAUGGCUGCACUCCGAAGCGAAUACCCAAAUGUAUAUACGCAUUCAACGCUAGCAACUGAGGAAGAAUUGAGACCUUUUAAGCCGUUCCAAAAUAGGCUUGCAGCCCUCGAUUACAUCUUAGCCUUGGAAAGUGAUGUUUUUGUUUUCACAUACGACGGGAACAUGGCCAAAGCUGUGCAGGGACACCGAAGAUUUGAAGGCUUCCGCAAGACUAUCAACCCAGACAGGCAAAGUUUUGUGAAAUUGGCCGACAGUUAUGACCGGGGAGAGAUACCAUGGGAGAAAUUCUCAUCCAUGGUUAAGGAAAUACAUUCAAACAGGAUUGGAGCUCCUUCUCUAAGACAAACUAAUUCAUCCUUCCCAAGGUAUGAAGACAGUUUUUAUGCUAAUCCAUAUCCGGAUUGCAUAUGUAAUGACAAGUCGCGGAAUAGCCGGAAAAUAGUUGAGCAACAAGUGCAGAGAUAGUUCCUCAGCAAGAAGUUGUGGUUUUUCUCGAGCAUCCCAUAUUUCGAGCUUGUUGUGGAAAGUUAAUGCACAGAAGGAUGUGGAAGUUAGAGCAUCAGUGACGUUUUACCGUGCCGCUGAAAAGGCCUCGGUGCUCAAAGAACCAUUUGCUCAAAGCUUGAAGAAUUGGCAGGGCGUGCUCGAUCGUGCAGUUUAACCCUGCAAUUGGGAGCAUUCUUUUGUAUUAAAGGAACAAAGACAGAUAGCCUGAUAGUGUAGGCUUUGCUUCAUUGCCUACAACUGCCGGCAAAAGUUGCACAUAUUUGCACAUUAGCUUGAAUUACAUUCUUUUGUAACAUUUCGUGAUGUAUUAAACGCCAGAUUAAAUAGAGGUGCUCAUUCAAUAAAAAGA